AUGAAGGGCGUAGUCAUCCAGGGCGUGAGAGACGUGGCGGUCCAUGAUGUGCCCAUGCCGACGAUCAAGGCAGAUACGGAUGUCAUCCUCAAGACGCGCCUGUCUGGACUGUGCGGCUCUGACCUGCAUAGCUAUCGUCAGACCGAUCCAGGAGUGGGCUUCACAAUAGGACAUGAAGUCGUCAGCGAGGUGUAUGAGGUCGGAUCGGCGGUCAAGAAGUUCAAGGUGGGGGAUAUCGUCGCUUCCCCUUUCGCUUCCAACUGCGGUGACUGCUGGUACUGCUCAAAGGGCUACACCGCCCGCUGCGCACAGGCUCAACCUUUCGGUAGCCCCGCCCUCAACGGCGCCCAGGCCGAGUACGUCCGUCAACCCCUGGCCGAUGCUGCUCUCUUCACCAUCCCUCCGGGAGUGCCUGAGCAUCUUAUGCUGCUCCUUUGCGACAUUCUUCCGACUGGUUACAGCUGUGCAUAUCAUGGAAGGCGACUACUGGAUGAGGAUGACGACCGGGAGAUGACGAGCCCAAUGGAUGGGGUAGCGGUAGUCAUCGGCUGCGGACCAGUCGGUCUUUGCUGCAUCUCCUCCGCCAAGCUCAUGUUCAAGACCGUCUACGCCACCGACCCCUCCCCCGCCAGGCGCGCUCUCGCUGAGAAACACGGCGCAAUCGCUCUCCCCCUCGAUGAGCUCCACCCGGCCAUCCUUCAAGCGACAGACGGAAGAGGCGCCGACGCUGCGCUUGAGCUGGUAGGGAACGAGGCGGCACUGAAGACCAGCAUGGACUUGGUCCGGCCGUUUGGCGCAGUCAGCUCAAUCGGGAUGCACAUCAAGCCCUUGACGCUGUCAGGAGAGUACCUGUACAGCAAGAAGUGA